AUGCCUAUCAUAAGACAGCCCGCAUCACCGGCAUCAUCAGCAACUCCAGCAACGCCAGCGUCGGAAGUCUCGCUGGCAGCGCCUGGAUCAUCUCUAUACCCCGUCGGUGAUUUUCGGAAUUCACCACGAGAUCAUGUCCUUGAUACCCAGGCUACUAUUAUGGUAAGCUGGCUGCGCCAACAACAGUUGGAGAAGCUUUGGUCCGGCGGAUUGCCAGGCGAAGGCGUUAUAUUAAAGAAGGGCCGAGGUAACUUUACUUGCUGCCCUGAAUCUUUGAAGGACGAGGCCCCUCAAUUCUACAAUCAGAUGGCGUCUCUGAACGUCCAAUGUGUCAUGACAGUAAACACUCGAGUUAUCAAGAUGUUCUUGAAGCGGCAUUUAGCCGACUACGUCCCCCUUUCUGACGAUCUCCGAUUACAAGUCCUACCUUCUGUGGAUUACUUAUCCAGUUGCAAAAAGCACCAUUUCGGGGCCUUUAUAAAAGACCAACAGCUCCUGAUAGUCUGGGAUGAUGAGGCACAGAAUAUUUUCAAGCGCGCGGAAUAUAUCGAAAAGUCACUGAUAGACAUGGUAUGGAAGGAAGCAGAUCCAGCGAACAAGAAGGCCAUACAGAAUCACUCAAUACAUGGUUCAGCUGUGGGUUCUGAAGAGGGAACUAUCUCUCCUGCAGACCUAGAGAACGCCAUUGCGACCGAGAAGCGACCUACUUUACUUUUCAAUCCUGUCAUCGUCGCGCUGACUUUGGCCUUGCUAACUGUUGCUCUUGGUUUGGGUUGGCGAAAUCUCGCACAGGAGGUUUCAAUUGACCACAAGUAUCUUCGAUUGUCGUUGCUCGCUAUAACCCCGUGCCAAAUAUUCGUGUCGCUCUUUUUCAUGCAAACCAUCAUCAUCAACAUUAGCCAGAUCCUUGGUCCGAUCAGCCAGUUGAACAUCAACUCGAAAUUCUACUCCGGUAAACCUCCUCGCCGGUUGAAGUGCAACGGGGAAGUGCUUCCGCACGUGACAAUUCAAAUGCCAGUCUACAAGGAAGGUCUGUAUACUGUUAUCCAGCCAACCAUCAAAUCCCUCAAAGCUGCCUUGUCGACCUAUGAACUUCAGGGCGGCUCAGGCAACAUCUUCGUAAAUGAUGACGGCAUGCAGUUGAUCCCAGAUCCGGAGGCACAAGCUCGUCGUGAGUUUUACGAGGAACACAACAUCGGCUGGGUUGCUCGUCCGAAACAUACUCCCAAGCCACAAGAUGGGGAGAAGCUAUUCAUUCGAGGAGGGAAAUUCAAGAAGGCUUCGAAUAUGAAUUUCGCCUUAAUGAUCAGCAAUAAGGUUGAAGAUAAACUUCUCCUUGUGGAACGCGGUGAGAAUUGGAAAGAAGAGGAUGAGCGUGCUGCAUAUGAUCGGUGUCUGGCUCAGGUCUUGGAAGAAGACGGCCGCGCCUGGGCAGCAGGUAACAUCCGUAUAGGGGAUUACAUCCUGCUGAUUGAUUCCGACACUCGAGUCCCCAUUGAUUGCCUACUGGAUGCUGCAAGUGAGAUGGAGCUCUCGCCUCAAGUCGGCAUUCUGCAGUACUCGUCGGGCGUUAUGAAUGUGACCGAUAAGUUUUUUGAAAAGGGUCUUACCACUGACAAUCUCCUCUGCAGAGUUACGUUCUUCACUAAUCUCAUUUACUCUGCUAUCCGAUACACAGUUGCCAACGGAGAUGUGGCUCCCUUUGUUGGGCAUAAUGCUAUUCUUCGUUGGUCAGCUCUACAGCAGGUUUCUUAUACAGAUGACGAUGGGUACGAGAAGUUCUGGUCCGAGUGUCACGUCUCUGAAGACUUUGAUAUGUCUCUACGUCUUCAAAUUGCCGGCUAUACUAUCAGGCUUGGUGCAUAUACUGGCGAGGAUUUCAAAGAGGGCGUCUCUCUGACUGUCUAUGAUGAGCUGAACCGAUGGGAGAAAUACGCUUAUGGCUGUAAUGAAUUGUUGUUCCACCCACUCAGGUUCUGGCCAACACGUGGCCCUUUCACUCCUCUCCUGCGCAAGUUCCUUGCAUCCAACAUUCGACUUACGUCCAAGAUUACUAUCAUAUCUUAUAUUGGGACAUACUACGCUAUCGGUGCUGCAUGGCUCCUGACAUUAGUCAAUUAUUUCCUUAUUGGCUGGUUCAAUGGCUACCUCGACCACUACUAUAUUGAUUCAUUCAAGGUCUACUUUUCCCUAGUCGCCGUAUUCACCGGGGCCGGUAAUGUCGCCCUCGCCAUUCUCCGCUACAGACUACUGACACAUUCCCCAGUCUGCGAGAACCUCAAAUGGGUAGCCCUCCUCACCGUCUUCCUCGGCGGAAGUUCUCUGCACGUGUCCCAGGCGCUUCUGUGCCACUUCUUCGAGAUCGACAUGACGUGGGGCACCACGUCCAAGGAAGUGGAGAACAUCUCCUUCUUCGAAGAGGUGCCGCGUCUCCUCCGUCGCUUCAAAUGCACCUUCUUGUUCUGCUUCGUCUGCACCGGCAUCAUCCUUGCCGGGUACUACGCGAUGCCUUGGUCGUGGAGGAUCACUGACUUCGUUGCCGUGUUCCCUCUCUCCACUGUCAUCAUCACUCACUUCCUCUUGCCGGUUGCAUUGAACCCGGCGCUGAUGAUGUACACUUGGUAGAGGUGCCUCUUCCUGCUUCUCGCCUUGGGCUGUGCGGCGGCUUGGCUCAUGGAUAAGGCUAUAAUCUGUGUAAAUUUUGGAGUUCAUUUCUAGAAGGCCUG